AUGCACAUUGAGAUGAUGGGAGCCAGACCCAAGAGGUUCACACCGACUGACCAAACACAGGGAUCGGCCAAAAACAGGGUUGUAAUAGAAGAAAAGCCGGCUCUAAUAAAGGGGGUGAUCGACUACCUCUACACUCUGGACUACCACAUGGAAGUUCAUACCCCAGAAACAGACCUUUCCCAAGAACCAGACGGAGAGGAGGCCCAGGAUAGCCCGAACAAGCCCGAUAGCAUAAACGAAGAUAAAGCGACCGCGUGCAAUACCCUGUCGCUUUAUAUAUCGAUGUACUCGCUCGCAGACCGAUUGCUCAUCCACGGGCUAAAGGCUCUCUCGAAGGAAAAAUUCGAGAAAGAGCUAGCCCGGCGGUGGCUGGACCCAAGCACGUUCUCGCACGCCGUUUCCGAGAUAUACAACUCAACACCCGAAAGCGACCGUGGUCUACGGGACCUCAUAGUAAACGUGACCAUGGACAACCUUGUGAUCCUGAGAACUGGGGCGAAAACGAUGGAUUCCACAGUGGCGGGAAACGGAGAAGAAUCAGGACCUGUGGCUUUUCCAGACUCCCUGGCGAGAUCUGUCCCACAGUUUUCGUCUGAUUUGGCCGUGGAAAUGAUGAACAGAACGGUUGCCGACUGGAAUCGUCAUGGAACGUGUAAACCGAACUGGGUUCAGUAG